GGCCGCUGCCCUCCGCCAAGCUGCAGCCUCCGCUAAAGCAUUGGAUCCCUCAACGUACUGCGAGAGCCCGGUGUACAGCCCGGACCUGUGCCCCAACAUGAUCGCCGCCCAGGCCAAGCUGGUGUACCAGCUCAACAAGUACUAUACGGAGCGCUGCCAGGCGCGCAAGGCGGCCAUCGCCAAGACCAUCCGCGAGGUGUGCAAGGUGGUGUCGGACGUGCUGAAGGAGGUGGAGGUGCAGGAGCCGCGCUUCAUCAGCUCGCUGAGCGAGAUCGACGCCCGCUACGAGGGGCUGGAGGUGAUCUCGCCCACCGAGUUCGAGGUGGUGCUCUACCUCAACCAGAUGGGCGUCUUCAACUUCGUGGACGACGGCUCCCUGCCGGGCUGCGCCGUGCUCAAGCUGAGCGACGGCCGCAAGCGCAGCAUGUCGCUCUGGGUGGAGUUCAUCACGGCCUCGGGCUACCUGUCGGCGCGCAAGAUCCGCUCCCGCUUCCAGACGCUGGUGGCCCAGGCCGUGGACAAGUGCAGCUACCGCGACGUGGUGAAGAUGAUCGCGGACACGAGCGAGGUGAAGCUGCGCAUCCGCGAGCGCUACGUGGUGCAGAUCACACCCGCCUUCAAGUGCACGGGCAUCUGGCCGCGCAGCGCGGCGCAGUGGCCCAUGCCGCACAUCCCCUGGCCCGGCCCCAACCGCGUGGCCGAGGUGAAGGCAGAGGGCUUCAACCUGCUCUCCAAGGAGUGCUACUCGCUGACGGGCAAACAGAGCUCGGCCGAGAGCGACGCCUGGGUGCUGCAGUUCGGCGAGGCCGAGAACCGGCUGCUGAUGGGCGGCUGCCGCAACAAGUGCCUCUCGGUGCUCAAGACGCUGCGAGACCGGCACCUGGAGCUGCCCGGGCAGCCGCUCAACAACUACCACAUGAAGACGCUGCUGCUGUACGAGUGCGAGAAGCACCCGCGGGAGACCGACUGGGACGAGGCGUGCCUGGGCGACCGCCUCAACGGCAUCCUGCUGCAGCUCAUCUCCUGCCUGCAGUGCCGCCGCUGCCCGCACUACUUCCUGCCCAACCUCGACCUCUUUCAGGGCAAGCCCCACUCGGCUCUGGAGAGCGCCGCCAAACAGACCUGGAGGCUGGCCCGGGAGAUCCUCACCAAUCCCAAAAGCCUCGACAAACUAUAG